AUGGCCGGUCAGGCGGCGGCGGCCUGGAUUCUCCGUCCAGUCCUCGGCAGUGAUGGUGACGGUUCGUGUACAAGUUGCUUGAUGGAGGUCCUCUGUUCUGAUCCGGGUGAAAACCUGGCCAAGGCCGGCGGUGACGGCGCUGUUAUUUAUUUGGCUCGAUCGUGUUUGCCCGUGAUCCGUCGUCGAUCGUCUACCUUCGCCGUGGGUAAAAGCUCGACCACGGCAGUGGUGCGUGUACGGGAGACCAUGUCGUCAAGCAGCUUCAAGGAGCACACGGACACACUCAGUUUGGAGGUGUCCGACUACCUGCAGGUUAAGGACAUGGGCGUCGGCGAGUUCGUUAGCUCGCGCGUCUUCCCGGUCGGUGGCUACGAGUGGGAGAUGAGGUUCUACCCAGGCGGAAAAGACUGGCACUGUGCCGGCAACGCCUCCGCGUACGUGUUCUGCCGCAGCCAAGUGAAGGACGUGAGCACCCGGUUCACGUUGAGCAUGCUGCACACCAAGGGCCAGGUGCAGGUAGCAAGCUUCGACCCGAGGAAGCGCGUCUUCUCUCCAAAAGCAACGAGAUACGACGAGUGGGGCCACCCCAAAUUCGUGGAGAGGGCCAAGCUGGAAUCGCUGUCGCAGCUCGGGGACGGCUGCUUCACGAUACUGUGCGUCGUCACCGUCGUCAUGGACGAGCCACCGCCUCUGGAGCUGCACAGCCACCUCGAGCGCAUGCUCGAGGACGGGAGGGGCGCCGACGUGACGUUCAGCGUGGCCAACCAGGAGUUCCGCGCUCACAGUUUUCUCCUGGCGGCGCGAUCGCCGGUCUUUGCGGCGCAGCUAUUUGACCUAAUGGAGGGUGUGCGGCGAGUGGAGAUCGUGGACGUGGAGCCUGCCAUAUUCAAGAUGAUGCUUCACUACAUCUACACGGAGUCGCUGCCACCGUACGACGAUCAAGGCGGAAACAACAUCAGGGUGAUGCAGCAUUUACUGGUGGCAGCAAAUAGGUACGGCCUAGAAAGGUUGAAGCUGGUAUGCGAAGAAGAACUGUGCAAAAGAAUCGACUCAGAGACCAUCACAACCAUGUCGGCGUUGGCAGAUCAGCACCGGUGCAAACGCCUCAAAGUUGCAUGCACGGAGUUCAAAUCAUCGACCAAGUAA